GAUGCCACUCGUCUUCCAAAAGCUCUCAAAUUUCCUCAAAGUUUCCAUCUUUAUCACUAGAAUUGGAAAACCCAUCAUUCCAAAGCUCCUUUUCUUCAAGAAAUCAGCGACUGCAAGGCACCCUAAUUCUUAUUAUGGGUUUGUUCACCACUACCAAUUCUCCCCGUCCACCGCCACUCCUCUCAUUCAUUAUCACAGAUCCGGCCGCCGCAGCCGCCGCCGCCAUGUGUAUUCGCUGCUGUUUCCGUGCAGAUCAUGCCUGAGCAGUGGCAGUUUCCGGGAUGGAAAUUACAGAGUGGAGGAGGCAGAGGAAGAGGCAGGGCAGUUUUUGGAGGCGUUGGAGUGGAGCGAAGAUGAAGAUGAUUCGAUUGAUCACAGGGCUGAAUUGUUCAUUCAGAAGUUCUAUGCGGACAUGAAAAUGGAGGCCCUCGCAAUGCCAAUGCCAUCGAUUUGAAACUUUUCCAUUCUUUUUUGUUACUUAUUCUUUGUUUGCUUCAAUUCUUUUAUUUGUUUGUUUGUUUGGUUUUGUUAUUUUUGUGAUGUAUUCACUCCACUCAAGUUUUAGAGAUGCUGGAGAUUGGUUUUCGAUUUUUGUCUUCUUUUUUUCCAUUUUCAUUCUACGGGAGUUCUGGAGUUUUGGAAUUCAAUAAAAUAGUAAACAAA